CUCUAAACAAGUGGCGGUAAACGAAGGGUCCGGUCAGAGUAUGCGAUUUCGGUGACGAACUCCCCUCACCGCCUUCCCCUUUCCUUUCCCCUCAACCCCCAACCCACACCCUCACUAUAAAUAUACAUAAACCAGUCUCUCUCAUCCCGUUUCUUCUCCGGGUCGGUUUGUGUCCCUCCGAGACAAACCCAUCUGUAAAGUAUCCAACUGAUUAACAGGGACCCACCACACAGCCACACACAAAGGGUAAAGUUUUCCAAUUUUUUAUUUUUUUUGGGUUUUUCACUUGAAAUCCCAGAAAUUUAAUCAAGAGAGAGACAGAGAGAAGAGAGAGAGAGAGAGAGAGGGAGAUUCUCACUGAAAGUGCGGGAAAUUUUAUCUCCGUUUCUUAUCAUCUGGGACUACCCGAUCAGUUUUUCUGUGUGUGAAUUCCUUUGGGGAGUUCUUUCUUUCUUAUUCGAUCGCCUAUUUCGGCACACUGUCGGAGAAUAGGAGGUUUGAGAGCUUGGUGGUUUCGCAGAAUAUGAGUUCUCAUGUCCGAAAUGAGCGAAGGGAUAGGUCCAGGUUUCCUGCUCAGCCUGCCGCUCAGCCUACUCAGCCUGCUCGUCGAGAGUGGGUGCCGAGAGGAUCCAACCCUACCAUUGCCACUGCUGCCGUGAACCCGCCUCCACAAGUCGAUCCAAACAACCUGAAUGGCAAUGUCAGCCAGCCUAAUUCUAGAUUCAAUCCAAACAACCAGAAUGGCAAUGUCACCCAGCCUAAUCUAAGAUUCAAUCCGAACAACCUGAAUGGCAGUGUCAGCCAGCCUACUCCAAGAUUCAACCUGGACAACCCGAAUAGCAAUGUCAGCCAUCCUAAUCAUAGCUCUGUUCCAUCAGAGAUUCGGCCACAUAGAGGAGGAAAUAAUGGCGUUAGAGGACAGGGUCGGCUGGUGAACCAUAGAAGGGAGAGGGGAAGGAAUGACAAUCAGGAGGAGAAGGGAUUGAUGGACUCAAAUUUGCCCCAGCUUGUGCAAGAAAUUCAGGAUAAGCUGACGAAGGGCACUGUCGAGUGUAUGAUUUGUUAUGAUAUGGUGAGGAGGUCUGCACCUGUUUGGUCCUGCUCAAGUUGCUACUCAAUUUUCCAUCUGGCUUGCAUCAAGAAAUGGGCUCGAGCUCCCACUUCUAUCGACAUGUCUGCGGAGAAGAAUCAGGGGUUUAAUUGGCGGUGUCCUGGAUGUCAAUCUGUACAGCUCACUUCGUCAAAGGAGAUUCGGUAUGUUUGCUUUUGUGGCAAGAGGACGGACCCACCUUCAGAUUUGUAUUUGACACCACAUUCAUGUGGCGAGCCUUGCGGGAAGCAACUCGAGAGGGAGGUACCGGGUAAGGGUGUGAGUAAGGACGAUCUUUGCCCUCACGUUUGUGUCUUGCAGUGCCACCCAGGUCCAUGCCCUCCUUGUAAAGCAUUUGCCCCUCCACGUUUAUGCCCAUGUGGAAAGAAAAUAAUCACAACAAGAUGUUCCGAUCGGACAUCUGUUCUGACUUGUGGUCAGCAUUGUAAUAAGCUUCUUGAUUGCUGGCGUCACCGCUGUGAGCGGACUUGCCAUGUGGGUCCUUGUGAUCCUUGUCAGGUUCUUGUUGAUGCGUCCUGCUUUUGCAAGAAAAAGGUGGAGGUUGUUCUCUGUGGAGACAUGACUGUGAAGGGAGAGGUGAAGGCAGAAGAUGGUGUUUUUUCAUGCAGUUCCACGUGUGGAAAAAUGCUUAGCUGCGGUAAUCAUUCCUGCAGCGAAGUUUGCCAUCCAGGGCCAUGCGGAGAUUGCAAUUUAAUGCCAAGUAAGAUUAAGACAUGCAACUGUGGGAAAACAAGCUUGCAAGAGGAACGACAGAGUUGUUUGGAUCCGAUUCCAACCUGUUCACAAUUAUGUGGCAAGUCUCUCCCUUGUGGGAUGCACCAGUGUCAAGAGGUGUGCCAUACUGGGGAUUGCCCACCUUGUUUGGUUGAAGUGACCCAAAAAUGUCGUUGUGGGUCAACUUCUCGGACAGUGGAAUGCUUUAAAACCACAAUGGAGAAUGAGAAAUUUACUUGUGACAAGCCUUGUGGGCAGAAGAAGAAUUGUGGAAGACAUCGGUGCAGUGAGAGGUGCUGUCCCCUUUCUAAUUCAAAUAAUGCUCUCUCAGGGGAUUGGGAUCCUCACUUUUGCUCUAUGCCCUGUGGGAAGAAGUUAAGGUGCGGUCAGCAUUCUUGUGAAUCGCUUUGUCACAGUGGCCACUGCCCUCCCUGCCUUGAUACAAUCUUCACGGACCUGACCUGUGCCUGUGGGAGGACUUCAAUCCCUCCUCCACUACCAUGCGGUACCCCUCCCCCGUCAUGUCAGCUGCCAUGUUCACUCCCUCAGCCUUGUGGGCAUACAUCUUCUCACAGCUGCCACUUUGGAGACUGUCCACCAUGUUCGGUGCCUGUGGCAAAGGAGUGCAUUGGUGGGCAUGUGGUCCUCAGGAACAUUCCUUGUGGGUCGAGGGACAUCAAGUGUAACAAGCUCUGUGGGAAGACAAGGCAGUGUGGUAUGCAUGCUUGUGGCAGGACUUGUCACCCACCUCCCUGUGAUACAUCUUGCUCAGCAGAACAAGGUUCAAAAACUUCUUGUGGACAGAUAUGUGGUGCUCCUAGGAGAGAUUGCAGGCAUACAUGUACUUCACUUUGUCACCCUUAUGCUUCUUGUCCUGAUAGCAGAUGUGAUUUUCCUAUCACAAUCACUUGUUCUUGUGGCCGGAUGACAGCAACUGUUCCUUGUGAUUCUGGUGGCAGCAAUGCUAGUUUCAAGGCCGAUACUGUGUAUGAAGCUUCUGUUAUUCAAAGGUUGCCAGCACCACUUCAACCAAUUGAAUCAACUGGCAAGAAGAUCCCGCUCGGACAGAGGAAGCUUAUGUGUGAUGAUGAAUGUGCUAAGAUGGAGAGAAAACGGGUUCUUGCAGAUGCUUUUGAUAUAGCUCCUCCAAACUUGGAUGCACUCCAUUUUGGUGAGAGUUCUGCUGUUUCUGAGUUGCUUUCGGACCUUCUUAGACGUGAUCCCAAGUGGGUAUUAUCAGUGGAGGAGAGAUGCAAGUACUUACUGCUCGGCAAGAGCAGAGGUGCUACAAGUGGUCUCAAGGUUCAUGUUUUCUGUCCAAUGCUAAAGGAGAAGAGGGAUGUAGUUCGGAUGAUCGCUGAAAGAUGGAAGCUUGCAGUUCAAGCCGCUGGUUGGGAGCCCAAGCGAUUUAUUGUGGUUCAUGUUACACCAAAAUCAAAAGCCCCCACUCGGAUACUUGGGGUUAAGGGUACAACAACAGUUAGUGCACCCCAGCCUCCAGCUUAUGAUUAUUUAGUAGACAUGGAUCCCAGGCUUGUAGUUUCAUUCCCAGAUCUUCCUAGAGAUGCAGAUAUAAGUGCACUUGUAUUAAGGUUUGGUGGGGAGUGUGAGUUAGUAUGGUUGAACGAUAAGAAUGCAUUAGCUGUAUUCAACGAUCCUGCUCGAGCAGCAACUGCAAUGAGGAGGUUGGAUAAUGGCGCACUAUAUCAUGGCGCUAUAGUUGUCCACUCAAAUGGGAGUGCAUCUAUGGCGGCAUCAGGUUCUAACGCUUGGGGUGGACUGGGGACAGCUAAGGAAGGAGGAGCGUCUGCAGUGCUGAGGGGUAAUCCGUGGAAGAAGGCUGUUACGCGAGAGUCCGGUUGGAGGGAAGAUUCAUGGGGUGAGGAAGAGUGGUCAGGCAGUUCUACAGAUGCGCAGGCAAACGUGUGGAAUAAAGAAGUACCAAUUGCUGCCUCAGUAAAUCGAUGGAGUGUACUAGACAGUGACACGGCAUUGGGCUCAUCCGCUUCAUCUCCCAGGGUUGAGGACUCUAGAAAACAGCCUUUGGGUCCACCAAAUUUGGGUUUGGAGUCGAAAGCAAGCGGUUCGAGUUCGAGUUCCACUUUGGCUGGGCAGCCAGUUGGAGUUAUUGCAGAUACACCUGAAGUUGAUGACUGGGAGAAGGCUUAUGAAUGAAGAUAGAAUCGUGAAACAGAUUAAAAAAGAAAAGUUAAGGACCUCUGGUGGUGCGGGAUUUGUAGUACUAGUAGGAUGCCCUGCCUUUGUUUUCUUUUUGUUUUGCUGCAUUUGGGUAUUUCUUUUUUUGGCCCAAAGAAAUGUUUGGUUAGCACCACAAUUUUAUCCAUCUUUUUCAUUUUAUACUUGUCUUCUGAGAUAUGGUUUGUAUUAAUUAUUGCUUCCAUGGAUAUCAAUGCCAGAAGAAUCCAGUUA